AUAGUAAUUAAAACACAAAGCAAAUUAAACACAAUUUCAAUAUAUUAUUUUGAUCUCGAUGAAGUCAUAGCGACGUACGCGCAAACGUUACGUCGUCCGACGGAGACGUCACAAGAAUGGUGGACUGCUGCUGUGUAAGGAGCGGCAUGAUAACCGAGAGAAACUUACGAGCCGAAGAGACCGUUUUACGACACAUUUGAAGCCUUACACAGAUGGACAACAGAAGACGUUAUGAUGAAAAAUAUUGAUUCAAGAGAAAGGCUUGAAGAUGACACAUGCCUUUAGGUGUGAAGGUGCACAAAACGAGGAAGAGGAGGAGGAUGAUGAGGAGGCGAGCCCUAUUAGAUCCAGUUUCUCCGUCGAGGACCUGCUUGAUGAGGUGGAGAAGAUCAGCAGUGUUGCUAGUAGUGGAAAAAAGGUUGAGAUUGUUGUGAGACUCUGGAAAAAUGGCUUCACGCUAAACGACGAGGAUUUACGCAGUUACACCCAAGAAGAAAACCAAGAGUUCUUGGAGGCCAUUAAAAAGGGUGAGCUGCCUCUGGAGCUUGAAGGACGAGCUGAGGAUGAGGAACUAGAGGUCAAUGUGGAGGACAUGAAAGAUGAAGUUUAUGUCCCGAAGAAAAAGAUUUUUCAUCCAUUUACAGGCCGAGGUUACAGACUGGGAAGUGUGGCUCCGCGAGUGGUGGCCAGGUCCCGGUCGAUACACGAGGACUGUUCUGGUCCUCCUGUCCCAGCAGUGGAGCUGAAUGAAGAUCUCCCCGUGACCUCUCUGCAGAUAUGGCUGGCAGACGGUCGGCGACUGGUGCAGAGGUUUAAUCUGUGCCAUCGAAUCAGCGAUGUGCAGCGUUUUGUGGAGCAGGCUCAGAUCACGGACACCCCGUUCACUCUGACUACAUCCCUGCCAUUCAGAGAGCUGACAGACGAGGGUCAGAGUUUGGAGGAAGCUGACUUGGCAAACGCCGUCAUCGUUCAGAGGCCUGUCAAUACACACGCUCCGUUUGGUCACUCCUGACUGUUCCUGCUUUAAACAGAGACUCAGAUCUAUUGGUUUUGCCCCAUGUGAGGGUAACUUUUCAUCAAUCCUUCUCUUUUAAAGGAACACUCCACUUUUUAUUAAAAAAUAGGCUAAUUUUACAUUUUUUCCCUUAGAGCUAAACAGUUGAUUUUUACCAUUUGUGAAUACAUUCAGCCAAUCUCCAAAACUGAAGGCAGAACCUUUAGCUUAGCUUAGCAUAAUUAAUUGAAUCCGAUUAGACCAUUAGCAUCUUGAUCAAAAAAUUUAAACGUUAUGAUACUUUUCCCAUUUAAAGCUAGUUUCAUCGAGUACUAAUAUCAACAGAAAGUUGCUAUUUUCUAGGUCGAUGUGGAUAGGAACUAUACUCUCAUUCCAGUAGUGAUUGGCUGUUUUUGAAGCACUGCUUCAUGAAGCUUUGUAACCUUUAUAAGUCUUUUGUUUUGUAUCAGUGGUCUGGAGGCAGAAAUUUUAGCUUAGCUUAGCGUAAUUCAUUGAAUCGGAUUAGACCAUUAGCAUCUUGCUCAAAAAAAAAAAACGUCUUGAAGAUUUUUCUAUUCAAAGCUUGACUCUUAUCUAGUCUCAUCGUGUACUAAUAUCAACGGAAAAUUAAAAGUUGCUUUUUUUCUAGGUCGAUAUGCUUAGGACCUAUACUCUCAUUCCGGUAGUGGUGGCUGUUUUCAAAGCACUGCUUCAUGAAGCUUCGAAACCUUUAUGAAUCAUUUGCUUCAAAUCAGUGGUCUGGAGGCAGCACUUUUAGCCUAGCUUAGCAUAAUUCAUUGAAUCAGAUUAGACCAGUAGUAUCUUGCUAAAAAAAUUAAAUGCUUUGAUACUUUUCCUAUUUAAAGCUAGACUCCUCCAGUUUCCUCAUGUACUAAGAUCAACAGAAAAUGAAAGUUGCUAUAUUCUAGGUCUAUAUGGAUGGGACCUAUACUCUCAUUCUAAUAGUGAUGGCUGUUUUUCGAAGCACUGCUUCAUGGAGCUUCGAAACUUUUAUGAAUCAUUUGUUUCGUAUCAGUGGUUUUAGGAUCACGUAUCAAAUCGACAAGAUCACGUGAUCUCAGUAAACGGCUUUGUUAUGUCAUUACCAUUUUGAUGAUUCAAUGGUUCUCCAUUUGGGGGUGAAUACCAUAAGAUCCACAUGAAUCGCCCUCCAGUGGUGAAUCACUGAACAGGCUUCGUAGUUUUUACCUGAUCUUGGAUCAGUUUUACGACUUUGUAAAUGUUUUAAUAAGACAUUUGUAAAAACAUUGUGAAAAGAAUUAAUAUUAGUAUGUUAAUAUUAAUAAUAAUAUAAUUAUAUAUAAUUACUUAAUAAUAGCUUUUCAAGUCAAGGUGUCCCUGUUUCAAAUGCUUCAAAGCAGUAAAUAAUUUUGCGAAGCAAUUAGUUGAAUUGUUAAAAAGCUUAGCGUAAUAAACAAGGAACUUUUCUACAGUACCAUUGCUGCAGUAGAUUACAAUAAUAUUACGCAGCAUAACAAAAUAGGCUGACUUUUGUCAAUGUAAUGCAACGUGACUACAUGCUUGCACAUGGAGAGUGCCUUGCAGAACAUAUUUACUUUGGUUAGCCGAAAUAUCAGUGUGCCUGCUGCAGCCAUGCUUAAUUCCAGGGGAAUUGUAAAAUAAGCCUAUUUUCAAAUAAAAAAUAGAGUGUUCCUUUAAGCUUCACAAAGGCCAGUAUUUUCCAUAUAAUUACACUCUCUUUUUUUGGGGGG